AUGGAUAGUGAUGGAGAAGAUAAACUUUAUGAUGAGUUAUUAAAUUUUGGAAACGAUGAUUACAACGAUGAAGAAGAGAUAUUAAAUUCAACAAGAUCAAAUUUUGAUGGAAUAAAAAUUGUUGAUAAUAUUAAUCCUAUGCUGAAACAUUUGUAUUUUAAGAUCAAAAUAAAUGAUAAAAUUAAAUAUCUUCACAAACAAUCAGCUUGCUGGCUAUUAUCCAACACAACAACAAGAUUAUCAAGUGAUCGUUUAUCUCGGGCCAUGCAACAAACAACUAACAUUAGUUCAUAA